GCAGAGUUCUCAGCAGACGUUGGGUUGUUUGUAUCUUUGUGACACCACGGUCUUUCAGAAAUUGGAUCGUAUAAGGGAUCAGAGAGUUUUCAAACUACUCCUUCUUUCUUUAUUCUGUGACUGCUUUAGUUGACUGUCUGCGAUCGUUGUAGAUUAUUCAGAAUUCGGUACCUAUAUUGCGAGAUAUUCUCUGUAGAUCCAAUCGACUGCCUCCGUAUCAACGAAGGAAAGUUACACCAAUCACUGUUUACAAUCACUAACUCGGUAAUCACUCUACUCUUCAUUGACACCAUCAACAAUGAACAUUCGAGGCAUGGCUGUACUAGGAGCUGUCGCUCCAGUUCUGGCGUUCGUGCCCGAUUCCCUCAAACGGCAGUCUCCCCGCGUCGCUUCGUUACAUACACAAGUCAACGCCCGCUCCAUCCGACCAACAUUGACACCUAAUCCUACCUCCUGGUCUACACCAUACUGCUCCAGUCCGUCUACCCGGCUCCAAAUGGCCUGGGACGAUUCCAAGCCGUCCAAUAUGUUUGACGGUCCGCUCGCGCUCACCAAAGAACGUGACGCCUGCGGUGUGGGAUUCAUCGCCAACACGAAAUCUGGUAAAGAGUUCGGUACCCACAAGGUGCUACAGCAGGGUAUUUCGGCAUUAACAUGUAUGGAGCAUCGCGGGGCCUGCGGUGGAGAUGGUGUCUCUGGAGAUGGUGCCGGCAUCAUGACCCAGAUUCCGUGGAAAUUGUUGGAUUCCUUCAGGUCGGAAAAUUGUCCCCAACCCGGUGUUGGUAUGACCUUUCUCCCCCAAGACGAAACUCGCCGUGAAAAAGUCAAGACCAUGAUUCAAGAGGUUUGUGAGAAUAACGAGCUCGAGUUUUUGGGUUGGCGGGAGGUUCCGACGGAUCCUUCCGUUUUGGGGGAACUCGCCCGUGCCGCCAUGCCCAGUAUUUGGCAAUUUUUCGUCAAGGCCCCUGCACGACUCUCCAAUGAUGACGAGGAGCGGGAUGGUUUCGAGCGUACCCUCUAUCUUGUUCGUCGUCGGUUUGGCGUCGAGCUUGAGCGACUUGGACUCGACUCCGACGACGAAGACGUUUAUGUAGCCUCGUUCAGCUCGCGUACCAUUGUUUACAAAGGCAUGGUCCAGUCGGCCGUGUUGCCCUUGUUUUACAAGGAUCUGGUCAAUGAAGAUUACACGACCAAAUUUGUCAUUUUUCAUCGGCGGUUUUCCACCAACACCAAUCCCCGUUGGCAACUCGCGCAACCCAUGCGCGUAGUCGGACACAAUGGAGAAAUUAACACGCUACUAGGCAACGUUAAUUGGGUGAAGGCGCGUGAAGCUGCUAAGAGCCUACCUACCGACACGGAAGAUUUGGUCGAUUACGAUGCCACCAUCAACAUUGUUGGCAUGUGCAACACACAAGACCUUCCGACUGUACUUGAACCUGUCGUAGAUUUGGGCCGGUCUGAUUCGGCCAAUUUGGACUCCGUCUUUCAGCUCAUGACCAUGUCUCGUCACCGUGCCCCCUGUGCUCUAAUGGCGAUGGUACCAACAGCGUACAUGAACAAUCCUGAUUUAGUCAACAAUCCGGAAAUUACUGACUUUUACAAGUUCCAUGGUGGUCUGCUGGAAGCAUGGGAUGGUCCAGCUCUUCUGGUUUUUUCGGAUGGCAAGUCGAUUGGUGCGUCGUUGGAUCGCAACGGAUUGCGCCCAGCACGCUACUCUAUCGGGAAGGACGGUACAGUGUACAUGAUGAGUGAAACAGGCGUUGUUCCCGGUUUGAAAGAAUCGGACAUUGUGGAAAAGGGACGCCUCGGACCUGGUCAAAUGAUUAAUGUUGAUCUUUCUUCGGGAGAAUUUAAGGACAAUAUCAAGAUCAAGAGUGAGAUUGCUAGUCGGCAUCCUUACGGAGAAUGGAUCAAGAACCAACGUAAGGAUGUUGUUAAAAUUGAUUCCUCUGAAGAACGUUUAUACGACGAUCAGACAGCCACUUUUGCUCAAGCGACGUUUGGUUGGAGCCUGGAAGACAUUGGAAUGCAGAUUGCCGACAUGGCCGGUUCUGCCAAGGAAACUACCUACUCAAUGGGUGACGAUGCUCCCCUGGCCUGCCUUUCGGAAAGGCCACACCCUCUCUACAAUUAUUUUAAGCAACGAUUUGCCCAGGUUACCAACCCUCCAAUCGAUCCCCUGCGUGAAGGCAUCGUAAUGUCUUUGGCGAUGACUUUGGGGAAGAAGGAAUCCAUCUACAAGGUGUCAGAGAACGGUGCCCGACUCAUUCAUUUGGAGUCCCCGGUUUUGAACGGGGCCGAAAUGGAUCGCAUUGCCGAAUUGUCAAAGAAAGAAAACGGUGGUUUUAAGCAGCACACUCUCUCCACUCGUUACGACUUGUCUGUCGGUCCUUCUGGACUCAAGUCUAGUCUGGAUGCUUUGUGUGACAAAGCUGUCGAGGAGGUCCGUAGUGGAGCCGAGGUUCUCGUUCUGAGCGAUAUGGCGAAGGAUCAAUCCAUUCUUGACGAGACCACAUACAUUCCUCCGCUCGUUGCUGUUGGAGCAGUGCACCAUCGUCUCAUCGAAGCCGGUCUUCGUAUGGACACUGGAAUCAUUGUCGAGACUGGAUCGGCCUGGUCUACUCAUCAUUUUGCUUGCUUGGUCGGUUACGGAGCGAAUGCUGUCCAUCCCUAUCUUGCUCUUGAGACUGUCCGUCAGUGGCAUCAGAGCGAUCGAACGCAAAAGAUGAUGGAAAGCGGUAAGCUCAAAACAACAACUCCCUCGAAGGCACAGGAAAACUACCGUUCCGCUGUUGAGAAUGGUCUUUUGAAGAUUCUUUCCAAAAUGGGCAUUUCUCUCUUGACGUCCUACCAGGGCGCUCAGAUUUUUGAGGCUCUUGGAAUUGGAGAGGAAAUAAUCAGUACCAGCUUCAAGGGAACAACGAGCCGAAUUGGAGGUGUCAACUUCAACGACGUUGCUUCCGAAACCGUCAUGAUGAGACCAGAAGUGGCCGAUAUGAAGAUGAAGUUGGCGAACUACGGUUUCUACAAACCAGUUCCCAAGUUUGGAGAAUAUCACAUUAACUCAUCUGAUUUGGCCAAAUUGCUGCACGACGCUAUCGGUUUGGACAAGAAAGUCAGCGAUGCCACCAACCGCUACGAAGUUGAAAACAACGGUAUCAAGCCGAAGAGUGUCGCCAAUUACGAGAUAUUCAAAAAAAGUAUUGAAUCCGCUCCUCUUGCCAACAUCCGCGACCUGCUUGACUUUGAAUCGGACCGAGACAGUAUUUCCAUCGAGGAUGUUGAGCCUGCCUCAGAAAUCAUGACUCGUUUCUGUACCGGCGCAAUGUCUCUUGGGGCUCUCAGUCGGGAAGCUCAUGAAACGCUUGCCAUUGCUGUCAAUCGCAUUGGGGGCAAAUCAAAUUCAGGAGAGGGAGGAGAAGAUGUUGUUCGCGGACGGACCAUAAGGGACGUUGAUGAUAAAGGACGAAGUCCCACUUUCCCUCAUUUAGCAGGGCUUAAGAAUGGCGACUCUGCCAACUCCUUCAUCCAUCAAGUUGCCAGUGGGCGUUUCGGUGUUACUCCGGAAUUCUUGGUUACCGCCAAACAGCUGGAGAUUAAAAUGGCUCAAGGUGCUAAGCCUGGUGAAGGUGGGCAGCUUCCUGGAACCAAGGUUUCCGACUACAUUGCAACUUUGCGUGCGAGUAAGCCUGGUGUCACGCUGAUAUCACCUCCUCCUCAUCACGACAUCUACAGUAUCGAGGAUCUUGCCCAGCUUAUCCACGAUCUUCAUGCCGUCAACGAGCGCGCCGGUGUUUCUGUCAAACUUGUUUCCUCCAUCGGUAUCGGAACUGUUGCCUGCGGUGUUGCCAAGGCUGACGCUGACGUCAUCCAGAUUUCUGGAAACGACGGUGGUACAGGCGCUUCUCCACUGUCUUCUAUUAAGCAUGCUGGAUGCCCAUGGGAGCUUGGCCUCUCUGAGGCUCACUCUGCUCUACUUAAUAACAAUUUGCGCGAUCGCGUAACGCUUCGUGUCGAUGGGGGUGUUCGCACUGGUCGAGAUGUAACUAUUGCUGCCAUGAUGGGAGCUGAGGAGUUUGGAUUUGGAACCAUAGCUAUGAUUGCAGAAGGCUGUGUUAUGGCUCGAGUAUGCCAUCUUAACACGUGUCCUGUCGGUGUUACCAGCCAGAAGGAGGAACUACGCAAAAAAUUUCCGGGCACACCGGAGCACGUGGUAAAUUUCUUUGAAUUUGUCGCUGAAGAAAUUCGCGAGUUAAUGGCCCAUCUCGGAUACUCCAAGUUUGAGGAUCUAAUUGGUCGUGCCGAUUUGUUGAAGGAUUCAAAUACCCAAAUGGAACGCGUCGCCAAGACCAAGGGCAUGGAUUUGUCUCCGUUUUUCUCGGGCGUUCCGAAUACGGCCGAAGACCGUUCAUUCCUCCGUGCCACCAUGUCCGGUGGUCAACAAAUAAUGAAGGAAGAGAUUGUACACGUCAAUGGAUUCAGCUCUGACUUAGACCGUGAGCUCUGCAAGAAUGCAGAUGUCCAAAAGGUUAUCGCGGAUAAUGAAGGCGAAGCAGUAUUGAGCUUUGAUAUUAAGAAUACAGAUCGUAGCACUUGCGCCAUGCUGGCUGGAGACAUUGCUCGUGCUCACGGAAACAACGGAUUUGAAGGUCAGAUUAACGUCGAGUUCAAGGGGAGCGCCGGUCAAUCAUUCGGUGCCUUUCUUCUUCCAGGGUUGUCUGUACGUCUCAGCGGAGAAGCGAAUGACUACGUUGGCAAGGGCAUGCACGGUGGUGAACUGACUGUGGUUCCGUCCAGCGAUGCUGGAUUCGUCUCCGCAGACUCGAGUAUCGUUGGAAACGCUUGCCUCUACGGAGCAACGGGUGGUGAUUUCCACGCCAAUGGCCGCACUGGUGAACGCUUUGGAGUGCGAAAUAGCGGAGCUUUCGCCGUCGCAGAAGGCGCGGGUGACCACUGCUGUGAAUAUAUGACCGGCGGUGUGGUGGUAAUGCUUGGUAGCGUGGGUCGUAACGUCGGUGCCGGCAUGACCGGGGGCCUGGGAUACUUUUACGACAUUGAUGGUACCUUCGAAAGCAAAGUGAACGGUGAAAUUGUCAAGUACCAAAGACUCGCCACUACUGAAGGCGAAACUCAGUUGAAGCACAUGAUUGAGCGACACUACCAGCUAACGGGAAGUGAACGUGCCGAAUCGAUUUUGGACAAUUGGGACGAUGAGAAGGACAAAUUUUGGCAGGUGUAUCCACCUUCGGAGGCCGGUACUGCUUUGGUCACCGACACGGACCUGAUUUCCGAAACUUUGCGGGUGUCGGCUUCGGCUCCGGAUGGGGCCAUGUGCUUUUUGCCAAUUGGUGGUCAACUAACUCCUGAACAGGGUCAGCGAUGUGCCGAUUAGAUCGUCUGCACGCUUGCCUUUCAGACAGUCAUCCAGGAAACGUUGAUCCCAUCUUCUUGUAUAAGACUCCAGCUUUUUUUUAUCCAGGAGCUUACAAUUUGUGCAUGUUUGUCGUCCCUGUAUCAUUAUUACCCACAACGUAAUGAAAGGACUAACUAGGUAUUUUGCACU